AUGACUGUACCCGCCCUCGACGGCCGUGUCAACGGUAACGGCCACCUCAAUGGCCAUGACGUGCCCAUCGCGACCCCUCCGCGCGCACCUUCUCCUGUUGCGGGCUUCGGUACUCUCGCCGUUCACGCCGGCUCGCCUCACGACCCCGUCACUGGCGCUGUCAUCGAGUCCAUCUCCCUCUCCACCACCUUCGCCCAGAGCGCUGUCGGCAAGCCUGUCGGCGACUAUGAAUACAGCCGCAGCAGCAACCCGAACCGGACCAACUUCGAGACCGCUAUUGCUGCCGUCGAACAUGCCAAGCACGCUCUCGCGUUCAGCUCCGGCUCCGCGACCACCGCUGUGAUCCUCCAGAGCCUUGCCGCCGGAUCCCACGUCAUCUCCGUCUCUGACGUCUACGGCGGCACCCACCGCUACUUCACCCAGGUCGCCAAGGCCCAUGGCGUCAAGGUCACCUUCACCCCAGAGAUCGAGGUCGACAUCAGCGAGCACAUCACCGACGCCACCAAGCUGGUCUGGAUCGAGACACCCUCCAACCCUACCCUGCGUCUCGUCGACGUUCGCGCUGUCGCCACCGCCGCCCACGCCCGCGGCGUCAUGGUCGUUGUCGACAACACCUUCCUGAGCCCCUAUGUCCAGAACCCCCUCGACCACGGCGCCGACAUCGUCGUCCACUCCGUCACAAAGUACAUCAACGGUCACUCCGAUGUUGUUAUGGGCGUCGCCGCCUUCAACAGCGACGACCUGCGCGACCGGCUCGCCUUCCUGCAGAACGCCAUCGGCGCCGUUCCCUCCGCCUUUGACAGCUGGCUGGCCCACCGCGGGCUGAAGACCCUGCACCUGCGCGCCCGCGAGGCUACCCGCAACGCCACUGCCGUCGCCCUCGCUCUCGAGGCCCACCCCAGCGUCAUCGCAGUCAACUACCCCGGCCUGGACAGUCACCCGCACCGCGCCAUCGCCAAGAAGCAGCACCGCGACGGCAUGGGUGGCGGUAUGCUGUCCUUCCGUAUCCAGGGCGGCCACGCCGCCGCCGAGCGCUUCUGCCAGCUCACCAACAUCUUCACCCUGGCCGAGUCCCUGGGCGGUGUCGAGUCGCUGAUCGAGGUGCCCUCCAGCAUGACCCACGCCGGUAUUCCCAAGGACCAGCGCGAGGCCGUCGGCGUGUUUGACGACCUAGUCCGCGUGAGCUGCGGCGUCGAGGAUGCAGAGGAUCUGAAGAAGGACGCACUGCAGGCUCUCGAGAGGGCAGUCGCCGAGACGGCCAAGAAUGGCACCAACGGCACAAACGGACACUAAAAACCCCCUUUAAUAUCAUACGUCCUCUUAUGUAUAUACACAUACACUCCGUGAAGGGAAGGGAAAAAGAAGGGGAAACAAGAAAAAAGAAAAAGACAGAAAAGAAUAAAAAGAAGACAUUACGAGCAAAAAUGACAAGAGGCGAGGGGAAAAGAUUCUGGAGUUCUGCUUUUAGAUGGGUCAGCGAUACAUUUGGUAGAACGGGGCGCAGCAAUAUCUUUCACUCUCUAUGCGUGAUUCUCAUCAUC